CCAGACACGAGAGACCAGAGAGUAGACCCCUCUAGUCAUCACCGCCACCAGCCAUCACCACCACGAUGCACCACCACUGCGGAACCGUGUGCCCACGUCCCAGUGCCACCCCGUCGGGCCUGGAGUGAAUGGAUACUAGGCAACUUAAUUUCCGCACUGCUACAGCAGCGGUGAGAGCUUCCGGCUUCAAUCUUCCAACUGCAUGCUGUUUCGCAUCGUUUCGUUUCGCUAUCAACUGCCUCCAGUGAUCCAUCCCAACCGUCCCCACAGUCUCAACUAUCUCCCGCCUCCUGUCUCAACUGCCGCCCCAACUUCGGCUCUUGGGUCGCUCUUGAGUCGCUCGUCAGUCACUCGUCAGUCGUUCGUGAGUCUUUCGUUCGUCACCGUGCGGCUGGGCUCCUUCAUGCAUGCACCGACAUCUCAAUUCUCGUCUCGUUGCAUCCUGCCUACAUAGGCUCCUCCUUGGCUAUGUAAGCUCCGCUGCUCCUGUCGCUCGAUGUUUCGGUUCUCGUGCAGAUCUAGUUAACUACUCUAGUUCGAAGAGUUGCGUGGAGUCCUGGUGGCCGGUACUAUACGGUACAUGCCGCUGUGGCAGUGGCCGUGUACCGGUACCGCCGUGGAUUCAACUUUCCGUCCGAUGCACUUGCCCUUCAUGCCAGUCCCGUGGGUACAGAGAUGAAGCCAGACCCUCCAACAGUUGGGUAGCCGGUUGAAAUGGGAACACUGGUUCAAACCGUUCAGUUCUAGCCGAUUUUGUUCCCGGUUCAGUUGGGAACAGCGGCUGUCAGAUUAAUUCCCAGUUGGUUUAGGUACGUAAGUCAGGCAGUCGUUCCCGGG